AUGACUAUUCGUGCGGCCGCGCGCCGCCUACAGUCGCUCAAAUCUGUGCAACCUCUCCUCACAGCACGCUCUUUCAGCUCGACGUCGUAUGUCUGCAGCUUACCUCGAGAUGAGAAAGCGCGAAUCUUGAAAGAAAGUUCUCUGCCCACCCCCGAUCCCGGCCCAGACUCAUCCACAGCCGCAUUUCUUCGAGAUCGAACUCCAUACAUGGUGCCUACAUAUGUGCGCCCAACACCCGUCUUCGUCAAGGGACAAGGAGUCUAUCUAUGGGACAUGGAGAAUCGACGAUUCCUCGACCUCACAGCCGGUAUUGCCGUCAACUCAUUGGGUCAUUGUGACCCCGAGAUCACAAAAGUGAUCUCCGAGCAGUCCGAGACUCUGAUCCAUGCCUCGAAUCUAUACCACAACCCCUGGACAGGUGCCCUGAGUAAAUUAUUGAUUGAUGAGACGAUAACCUCCGGCGCGAUGCGUGAUGCAUCUCAAGUAUUCGUGUGUAAUUCAGGCGCAGAAGCCAACGAAGCCGCAAUCAAAUUCGCGCGCAAAGUCGGCAAAACGCGCGAUGCUACCGGCGAGAAAGUCGAGCUCGUCUCUUUCCAGGGGUCUUUCCAUGGACGCACCAUGGGUGCAUUGUCAGCUACCCCUAACCCAAAGUAUCAACAGCCAUUUGCGCCGAUGAUUCCGGGAUUCAAGUACGGCGCUUUCAAUGAUGUUGAGCAAUUGGAGACGUUGAUCACGGAAAAGACCUGUGGUGUUAUCGUGGAACCGAUCCAGGGUGAAGGGGGUGUUAAUGUUGCUACUCCGGAGUUUUUGAUUGCUCUUCGUGAACGGUGUGAUCAGGUUGGUGCUGUGUUGAUUUUUGAUGAGAUCCAAUGUGGUUUGUCUCGUACGGGUACUUUAUGGGCACACGGAAACCCUGUAUUCACUCCCAAGGACGGCAGCAAGAAAGCUGCUCACCCGGAUAUCUUGACUACAGCCAAGGCUCUCGGUAACGGUAUCCCCAUCGGCGCUACUAUCGUUACAGAGAAUGUGUCAUCAGCCAUCAAGACAGGAGAUCACGGUACUACCUUUGGUGGAAAUCCACUCGUCUGCCGUGUUGCGCACCACAUUGUUGAGCGAUUAGCUGCGUCUGAGCUCCAGAACGGCGUGGAGGUUAAAUCGGCACAAUUUAUUGCCGGAUUUAAAGCUCUGCAGGAGGAAUACCCCGAGAUCAUCUCCGAGGUUCGUGGUGUCGGGUUGAUUCUGGGUGUUCAGCUGUCUGAAAAGUAUGCUUCCAAGGCCACUGAUGUAUUGACAGCGGCACGUCAGCGUGGUUUGUUGGUGAUCACUGCUGGCGAGGGAUGUCUACGUUUUGUGCCGGCGUUGAAUAUUACGGAGGACCAGAUUGAGGCUGGAUUGAAGGUUUUGCGAGAUAGUUUUGCAGCUGUUUUCACUGAAUAG